AAGGCACGGUAGAAGUUAAAACCAAGUGGAAGUGGGUAAGCCCUUAACAGGGGAAUCUGUUUGCUGCCGAUGUUCUUCUUAGAACAUCUCAACAUUACGCUCUGCCAUAUCGUCGAAGAGGGCAAAGGCUAGCGUUAGUGAUAGUGAUGCCCCCGGUGCGGAUACUUCUUCAAGUCAAGGUGAUCAAGGCCUGCUGUGCUCUUCUCCACUAUAAGUUCCAAACGUGGCAGAAGCGCGAGCAACUGGGCAGUAACAGGCCAACCGAGGCAGUGUUCACGCCAAUAACACGCGGAGUCGCGGAUGGACUGUGCGUGGCGGGACAGGAAGACUCUGUUGGUUCAGGCCAGUCAAAGGUUUCGAGCAAGCGAAAGGGAUUUGAUGGCGAAAAAGAUGAGGCGCUUAGCUUUUGGGACAAUGAUUAAGUCCAUUGUGUACGUAUCUAUGAAAUUCCAUUUUGUUUAAGAAUUUUAUUCUUCACUGCAAAGGUCAAACUGCCAACCGUUAACAUGGACCCAAUGCCAGACACAAAAACCCAGAUGAAGGGAUCAAAUAAUCGGGAAAACCCUUCCGGAAACAGCCAUCAUCAUCAACGGUAGCUGUUGUCCAGAAUAUCAAUGUUUAUUUCUUUAAUGAAGGGAAGGCUUGACC